GGUAAAAUCAACGCAAAUGAUUCUUAAAAUUUUGGUCGACGUCAGCUUCAUCGCCAUGGACGAAAUCAGACGCAUUCUCCCCUUCAUUCACGAUCUGAGCUCCCGUUCAUCGCCAUGGACGGACCUAGGAAACAUCAGGUUUCGUUGCGGGGAGCGAGUGCGAAGGAAAUCACAAGGGAUGCUCUUCUGGAGAGGGUCUCCCAGGAGAGGGAGCUCCGCAAUUACACGCGCCGUGCUGCGGCCGCCGCUGUCUUCAUCCAGAAAGUUUGGAGGCGCUACUAUUUGACGAAGAUAGAAGCUGGCAAGUUUCAAGAGGAGUGGGAAAUGAUGGUUGACGCUCAUGCUCUUUGCAUAACCAAAUCAUGGAUCUCCAGCAGCUUCUUGAGACCUUUUCUUUUCUUUGUUACAUGUUUAUCAACUCGAUGUCAAAAAAUUGAAACUAGAGAAAUAUGCUGUGUGCAGACUUGCUUCAGAAUUUUACUGGAGAGCAUGAAUUCCACUGAUCCAGAGAAAAGUUUUUGCUCUCUGGCAAUAGGUACACAAGAUGAGAGACGCAUAUGGAUGUAUCAAACACGGAAGCUAAUUUCUAUAUGCUUAUUUAUUCUUGGAGAGUGUGAUAAUUCCCAUCAAGAUAUUGUCGCUCUUACGUCUCAGGCAAUGCGCUUGGCUGUUGUCUUGACUGAUGUCAAGGGUUGGAAAUGCAUUGCGGAUGAUAAUCUUCAUGAUGCAGAUAUAGCCAUGAAGGAUUUGAUUGAGUUUAUGGGAAGCAAAAAAAGUGGACUGUACAAUCAUGUCAGAAGAUACAUUGAAAAAUUGGAUGCCCCUAUUUCUUUGCAAAUUCAAUGUUCUAGCGCGACAGAAGAUCGAUUCUUGAUUACGGCUAGUGCUCUGACUUUGGCUUUACGGCCUCUUCAUAAUGCAAAUACAAGUGACCUUGGCAACUUGGAUGGGCAUAAUGCUGCUGAGCUGUACUGUGUGUUCGUACUCACAAUCCCUUGGCUUGCUCAACGGCUACCAGGCCCACUCUUACCUGCUCUCCAGCACAAGUCUAUUUUAUCACUUUGCUUCAGGACGCUAAUGAUCCUGAAAGAGAAAUUUUUUAAGGAGAUUUCAGAGGUGGAUCAGGCAAAAUUCGUUUCUUAUUUCAACGCGAUGCCCCGAGUUGGUUGGCUUCUUGCAAAUAUUCUUUGCCUUGCGACAGUGAGUGACAAUUUUGGGAUUCCUGGAAACUUCACUCAAGGCCUAGACCGUAGGUCCUAUGUCCAUGUUAUCAGAAUCCUUUCAGAGAACUUACUAACUUGGUUGGAUGAUUCUGGAUGGGUGAAAAAGGAGAAUGAACAAUUCCAGGUCCAUUUUGAAACUUUUGGGGAGUCUGUUGAUAAGUUAAAGAUGUCAUACAUUGACUUCUAUAAGCCUGUUUAUCAGCAAUGGCAUCUUGUGAAACUAUUAGCCUUGGCGAAAGGAAGUUUUGGGUGUGCAGGUGAAAAUCCACUGCCAAACAAUCUGGAUUCUUUGGGGUCUUUGGGGAUGUGUGAUCUGCUUGAUGUUGCAUAUUACUAUUCUCACAUGAUAAGAAUAUUUUCGCUGCUGAAUCCUGUGGUUGGGUGUUUACCUGUUCUCAAUGUACUGUCUUUUACUCCUGGAUUUCUUGCCAAUCUAUGGGCAGCACUGGAAAGAUUGAUGUUUCCAGGAAAGAAUCAUCUUAAUGAAGAUAACUAUCUUUCUCGAAAUACUAACUAUGGAUCCAAGAAUGAUGGGGUUAGUGACAGAAAGCAAAAAAGGGUGGCAAAGGAUGGGGCCAAUAAAUGGUCAACUGUAUUACACAAAAUCACUGGAAAGGCAGAUGUUGAUAAUAAAGGUUCGAUGCAGAGUCAACCUAAGCAUAAACAGAUUGAUGAAGAUUCUAAUGAUGUGUGGGACAUAGAGCCUCUGAGGAAUGGUCCCGACCGUAUAUCGAAAGAUACUUCUUGUCUACUUCAUCUAUUUUGUGCUUCCUAUUCACACCUGCUGCUAGUUCUUGACGACAUAGAGUUCUAUGAAAAACAGGUUCCUUUCACAUUGGAGCAGCAACGAAGGAUUGCAUCGAUGCUUAAUACUUUAGUGUAUAAUGCCUUGUGCCUAAGUAUCAGCCAGCAGAAAAGACCUCUUAUGGAGGCUGCAAUUCGAUGCCUUCAUCUGUUGUACGAAAGGGAUUGCAGGCACCAGUUUUGCCCCCCUGCUUUAUGGCUGUCACCUGCUAGAAAGAGUCGUCCGCCAAUUGCACUAGCCGCUAGAACUCAUGAAGUCUUAUCAGCUACUCCGAAAUUGGAUGAUGGUUUGACCCUUCCAAGCAUGGGAUCUGUCAUCACUGCUACACCACAUGUUUUCCCAUUUGAAGAAAGGGUUCAAAUGUUCAGAGAAUUUAUCAGCAUGGACAAAGCAUCUCGAAGAAUGGCUGGUGAAGUCCUUGGACCUGGUUCACGAUCAGUCGAGAUAGUAAUCCGCCGUGGUCAUGUCGUUGAUGAUGGGUUCCUACAAUUAAAUUCCCUUGGGGCCAAGUUGAAAUCUAGCAUCCAUGUCUCGUUUGUUAGUGAAUCUGGCCUGCCAGAGGCUGGCCUAGAUUAUGGUGGUUUAUCAAAGGAGUUUCUGACUGAUAUAUCAAAAGCCGCCUUUGCACCUGAGUAUGGGCUAUUCUCUCAGACCUCAACUUCAGACAGACUCCUUAUUCCUAACACGGCUGCAAGGUUUAUAGACAAUGGUAUCCAGAGGAUUGAGUUUCUUGGAAGAGUUGUUGGCAAAGCACUGUAUGAAGGAAUAUUGCUAGAUUAUUCGUUUUCACUUGUUUUUGUCCAAAAGCUGUUAGGCCGCUAUAGCUUUCUCGAUGAACUGUCUACACUUGAUCCUGAGCUCUACAGGAGUCUCAUGUAUGUUAAGCACUAUGAUGGUGACGUCAAGGAACUCUGUCUGGAUUUCACUGUCACAGAAGAAUCAAUUGGGAAAAGACAUAUUAUUGAACUUAAACCAGGUGGCAAAGAUGUGUGUGUGACAAAUGAGAACAAGUUGCAGUAUGUUCAUGCAAUGGCAGACUAUAAACUUAAUCGACAGAUAUUACCAUUGUCAAAUGCAUUCUAUAGAGGGCUGACAGAUCUAAUAGCCCCAUCUUGGUUGAAGUUAUUUAAUGCGAGUGAAUUUAAUCAGUUGCUUUCAGGUGGAAAACAUGAUAUUGAUGUCGACGAUUUAAGAAGUAACACAAAAUACACUGGUGGUUAUACUGAAGGUAGUCGGACCGUUAAAAUCUUUUGGGAGGUAAUCUCAGGGUUUGAACCAAACGAGCGAUGUAUGCUUCUUAAGUUUGUAACAAGUUGUUCUCGAGCUCCUUUACUUGGAUUCAAGUACUUGCAGCCAACCUUUACCAUUCAUAAGGUUGCAUGCGAUAUGCCGCUCUGGGCAACGUUUGGCGGACAGGAUGUGGAUCGGCUUCCAUCAGCUUCGACAUGCUACAAUACUCUCAAGCUUCCAACAUAUAGACGGUCAAGCACUAUGAGGGCCAAGCUUCUGUAUGCUAUCAAUUCUAAUGCAGGAUUUGAACUUUCAUAGCAUGUACACUUCGUGAGUAGGCCUUGUAACCAGGGCAGGAGAGGCUGGUAGAUAUCGAAUACCACAAGUUUGAGACCAAGGAGCUUGUUCUUCGAGUACUGAGAUGUUCCAUUUAUCUUAUCUUUGAAGGAAACUGCAUCUUGGUUCAGCCUCGCGACACACCGGAGACUCCAUGCCCCAAAUAGUGCAAUGGAACACCCAUUGGGUUGUAGGUUGUCGCUCGUAUCUUCCUUAUCCCCAGCCCAUACAGAUGUGUAAUUUAAAAUCUGUAAGUCUCCGGAGUUUGUAUAUAGUCAAGCUUUGUGUAUUACCGUCCUUAAAGAAAACAAAAGAGCGUAAAUACGAGUCUAUGUUGGACUUUUGAAGUACAGUAUAUGUUACUGCUCAAGUGGUUUGUAACGACAACAUUGAUAUGAUUUAAAUACCAAAUUUACCGAGCAGCCAGCAGCUGUAUGGUACAGUGAAGUUUAUAUUUGGUCUAUUGUUUGAUGCAA